GUGGCGUGCUCUGCGGGCGCCGGCGCCUACGCGGUGCGUCGGGAGACGCCUUGCGGAUCGUGAGGGUGCCGCUAUGGCUUCCAGCGGGGUCGGCGUGAGCGCGGCCGGCGCGCCAAAUGAAGCACCCGAAAUUCCAGACAACGUGGGAGAUUGGCUCCGGGGCGUCUACCGUUUCGCCACCGACAGGAACGACUUCCGGAGGAACUUGAUCCUCAAUUUGGGACUUUUUGCUGCGGGAGUUUGGCUGGCUAGGAAUUUGAGUGACAUUGACCUAAUGGCACCUCAGCCGGGGGUGUAGCCAAAUAGACUAUGUCAUUCUCGGUUCUGAAGAUGACUUUACAUAAGCCCAGGUGAGGCUAGAGAAUCUUCAAGCAACAGACACCCAGCGCGAGCUACCUGAUGAAACAGGGCCAUGAGAGCUGAAGCCCUGUCCUGGGCCCCCACGUUAACAUGCCUUCCUGGGCGGGAAGCAUGUCAUCUCCAUGGAACAUGCAAGGUCUCUAGGGAACAGGCUUCCCUUUCCAACACCAAAGGAGACAUCUGCCCUCACCAAAGCCUUUGAAGCAGCUAUAUCCCCAAGCUCACAACCACCUGGGAGGCCCCAGAGCAAGCUCACCUGAAUCUUUUAAGGUGCAGCCGGAGGACCUGAGGUAGUCUGUAGAUCAUUAACUGCUUUCUAGCUUCACUCAGAACAAGGGGUUUGGGAUUGGAUUUUCGUCGUUUGCCUAUAUGGUUUGGGAAGGUAUAAGACAUAGAUCGUGAGGAGUCUUGUUCUUUCCUAGCUAUGGUGAGACGACUUGCCACCCAAUAUGCCCUCUCCUUAUUUCUCAGUACUGGGACCUCAGUUUCAUCUGGAGCAGUGCUGUGACCCUGUCAGACUCUAUUUCUCAGCGGACCCCCCCCCCCAACCCCCCGUGCCUUCCUGGUGCGGCUACAGCUCUUUUGCCAGAGAGGAAAGAGAUGAUUGUGUGGGGGCACUCUUACGAUGACUGCAACUGCUCUUCUUCGACCAUGAGGUAACCUUGGGGAUAGAAGCCUUGAACUAGUCAAGUUGAAAAAUGGAAAGAGCCUGGAUCCCCCAAUGGCCGUGCAGAUACUGUGCUAACCCCUGAAUGUCCUUCAGACUUCUUUUAUAAAACAGAAAAAAAACAAGAAACAAGAAACAAAAAACAAAACAAAAAACAAAAAAAACCCUGUAUCUUAUUUUAGUCAUUAUUAUUUGAGUUAAACGAAAAACCAAACCUAAUCCUGAUAUAUCCAUUUCUAAAUUUUUGCAUCAGUAGCCUCCAAAACUGGUAUGGGUUUAGGGUGGUAUAUUCCUGAUAUCAUGGAUUUAUUAAUGGAAUAUACUGAAGGGUCACUGCAACAGCAUGCAUGCAGCAUAGAUGCACAUUAGGGUUCUAUGCCUAUAUAUAUGGGUUUAUCACUUAAAUUAUGACACACCAGAAUAUAACUUUAAACAUUUUUGUUUUCAUCAGGUAGGCCUAAUUCAAUCUCCUGCUCACAGCUAGUUGUAUGCUGUUCAAACUCUCAACCUCCGUUUCUUCUGUAAAAUGGGGAAUAAAUCAUAUAUUUCAGGCUUAGGAAAAAAGUAAGGUGGCACAGGAUUACCAAAGGACAGGAUAUGUAAACAGAUUUUUUUUCAGCAUGAAUUGUUUGUGGCAUAUACAAAUAUUUAGAAAAGAAACUGGCUUUAUAGUUUUAUGCUGUACCUAAUUUUUGGAUAAAAGCAGACUGCUGGACAUGGAGGACCAGGUGGACAAAGGCUGGCCAAAUUCAUCCAGUCCAAAGAAGAACCAGUGCUCAGACUCUAAUUUUGUUUCUAAAAAUACCAAAUUGUGAGAGGAAAGCAUUUCUAAAUUACAUCAAAUAAACAAUGGAAAUAAAGUUCUCUUAAUUUCCAUCAGAA